GACCAGCUCGGUUCCAUGCCUACAUGUGGGACCCAUAAUUCGUCAGUACAGUUGACAACAUUGUUGUCCAAUUUUGUUUUUGGAUUAUGCGUAGUCUCCUGCGGUGGAGAGUCGAACAUCCCCAUCAGCGAGCAGUGGUAGUCCAAUUGCCAUCCUGCCGCCUUCCAUUUUAUAUUCCGUAAAGAAUGUUUGAAUAUAGAGAAAGUAGUCAAUUUAUAUUAUUAAAUGAAUUAAUUAAAAAACCUCAAUUGAGCAAAACUGUUAAGGUCAAAUGCAAAACUUCAAGGGCUUAUUGAAUUUGUUUCUCUCGGUUUCAAUGUGAAAAAAAGAAGCUUCACAGGAUCAGAUGUCAUUGGAUAAAAUCUGUCCUGCGCAAAAAAUGGAAUUUGAAAGUUAAUACUGUUGUUGGACAGCUAAAUAAAAGGAAAGGAGAAAUGGCGAUGGCUCCAACUGUAAAAGUGGUUCUUGGCUUGAUUGCCUUUGCUAUCUUUUGGGUGUUAGCAGUUUUCCCUGCGGUUCCAUUUAUGCCCAUAGGAAGGACCGCUGGGUCCUUACUCGGGGCUAUGCUCAUGGUUCUUUUCCAAGUCUUGACACCUGAUCAAGCAUAUGCUGCCAUAGAUCUUCCCAUUCUUGGUCUUCUCUUUGGGACAAUGGUAGUCAGUGUGUAUCUUGAAAAGGCAGAUAUGUUUAAGUAUCUCGGGAAAUUGCUGGCAUGGAAAAGCAAAGGGGCUAAGGAUUUGCUGUUGAGAGUCUGUUUCAUCUCAGCCUUUUCCAGUGCUCUAUUCACGAACGACACAUCUUGUGUGGUUUUGACAGAGUUUGUGCUGAAAAUCGCCAGGCAACAAAACCUCCCACCCCACCCCUUCCUACUAGCUCUUGCUUCUAGUGCAAACAUUGGGUCUUCGGUUACUCCAAUAGGGAAUCCCCAAAACUUAGUAAUAGCAAUGAAGAGCAAGAUAUCUUUCAGCGAGUUUUUUCUGGGAAGUUUUCCUGCAAUGCUAGUGGGUAUAUCUGUCAAUGCAUUUCUAUUGUUGUGCAUGUAUUGGAAAUUAUUGUCAGUAAAGAAAGACGAAGAAGACGCUUCUGGUGGAGAAGUUGUGACAGAAGAAGAAGUAGUCUCUCACCACUUCUCCCCUGCUACUAUGUCACAUCCAAAUGUCAAUGACCACUUGAACCAUUCCGAUGCACUUAGGAACCGUGUCAGUGUGAGUGAGAAUGAGAUUGAUAAGAUUGACUCUACCCGAAGCUCAAAUGCGUCAUCACGUGAAGCAUCAAAGUCACCCUCAUCAAAUCAUCUAAGUGAAACCGAGAACCUUCCUUUUCAAGAGGAGAAGGGGAAGUUUCUGGAAGUGUGGAGAAGGGCGGUGUGGAAAGUGUGUGUUUAUCUUGUUACUAUUGGAAUGCUAAUCUCUUUAUUGAUGGGUAUGAACAUGUCUUGGUCUGCAAUUACUGCAGCACUUGUUCUUGUGGUUCUUGAUUUCAAGGAUGCACGCCCAUGCUUGGAAAAGAUAUCAUAUUCAUUGUUGAUAUUCUUUUGUGGGAUGUUCAUCACAAUCGACGGCUUUAACAGAACGGGGCUUCCAAGUGCUGUCUGGGAUUUCAUGGAGCCGUACGCCAAAAUAGAUCACGUCAGCGGAAUAGCCAUUCUUGGUGCUGUCAUACUCUUACUCUCCAAUUUAGCUUCAAAUGUACCCACAGUUUUGCUGUUAGGGGCGAGGGUGGCAGCUUCAGCAGCCGAAAUAUCUCCAGCAAGCGAGAAGAAGGCUUGGCUCAUCUUGGCUUGGGUGAGCACAGUGGGCGGGAAUCUUUCGCUCUUAGGGUCUGCUGCAAACUUGAUAGUGUGCGAGCAGGCUCGUAGGGCUCAAUAUCUGGGGUACAAUUUGUCAUUCUGGAGCCAUCUCAAAUUUGGUGUUCCCUCUACUCUUAUUGUAACAGCUAUUGGCUUGACUCUCAUUAGAGGUUGAUAUUUUUGUUCCUCCUCUUCCAAACUCUUGCAAGAAGAUUUAGAAUUUUUAAUAAAGAGUUAUCCCUUCACAAGUCAAGUAGCUAAAACCAUCAAGUACCUCAUCCUGUAUAUAGAACACAACUCAAAAAGGGAAAAACUGUUGUAAAUUGCUGUACCUGGAUAUUGGUCUUUUUGAUACUUCAUGGUUUUCAGAUUAGAUCUAAAACUGUUGCAUAAAUUACCUAGGGGUGCUAAAUUUUUCUACUUUUGUGUUAUUUUUUAAUGCACAAGCAGAAUUUACUAUUGUAUCAUAAACUAGUAGGUGUGUUUGGUAGUGCUUUUGUUAUGAAAUAGAGAAUUGUUUACCAGAA